CCUUGGUUUCGAAGUUCCGGCGCUGGAGAGAUCCGCUCCCGCUCGUGCCAUUCAUGCUGCUUCAUCUUCGGCGCGCGCUGUUGCGGGCCUCUCCGACCGUUUCAAAAGUCUCAAAAUACUUCAAGAGUCAAAUACCGUCACAGGGACGAAGCUCGACUCCGGGCUCCCGUCGCUCGAAAGGAAAGAUGGCAACGUCACUUGACGAUGCGCAAAUCGAACGCAUGGCGCGGAAUUUCACCAAAUGGAAACCCGUCAGUCAUCAACCGAUGGCACCGAGACAGCAUGAGAUAGAAUUCUCGAUAAUGACAUUCAAUAUUCUGGCCCAAGAGAAUCUCGACAAUCACCCAAUAGUCUACCAAGAUAUCAAGCGCGAAUUCCUCCCGUGGGAAUACCGACGCGGAAGGAUCAUCGAGCAGCUGCUCCGCCAGAACUGCGAUGUUCUUUGUUUACAAGAAGUACAAGCGGAUCACCUGGAGGAUUUCCUUGGGCCGCGUUUGGCUCGAGAAGGCUACGAGUAUGUUUUCAAAUGCAAAACUGGAGGUAAAAACGAAGGAUGUGCGGUUUUCUGGAAGAAGAGCGUCUUCGGAAUCCUCAAUGUAUCGCAGGUGGAAUUUCUCAAGCCCGGUUGUCGAACACUCAAUCGUGACAAUGUGGGAUUGGUAGUUACUCUCACGCCGCUCGCAAAUCGCCAAGCAAAACUGUGCGUCGCAACAACCCACCUACUCUUUAAUCCGAAACGCGGAGACGUGAAGCUGGCGCAAUUGCGGUACCUCAUGGCCAACGUGGAGGAAGCCGCUUUCCUCGGCGUUUCCCGAGCCAACGGGCAACUAAUUUACGCACCGACGAUUCUCUGCGGUGAUUUGAAUGCAACUCCUCACUGCCCAUUGUACAGGUUCGUCGUUUCUGGGAAGCUUGAGGUCGAUGGUCUCUUGCACGGUGAAAUUUCCGGACCUCGCACCGGAACCGUCAUCAAGCCGGAAGAGGUUCACGUCGGAAAUCUAUUGCCGAACACGAUUUUCGAAGACACUUUCGUAUCCCGUUUCGGAGAGCAGGCCCUGGAUUCCUUACAGUACGCCUUCGACCACAAUAUCAUCUCCCACACCUUAGGGAAGUUCCAGUCGUGUUACAGCCACACAAAGAAAGGCUUGCCGGAAGUAUCAACGUACGUCGAUAAUGCCGAGACGGUCGACUACAUCUUCUUCCAAGCAUCGAGACUGCUGCGGCAUACUGCCACACUGGACUUGAUGGUCAAAAAUGAGCUAGAUGCUCUCGGAAGCAUACCGAAUGCAGCGAUGGGAUCAGACCAUCUGCCUCUGGCGAGCCGUUUUAUCUUGAAAGGAAUCCCGGCCGACUACCUCGACCGGUGAAAUUUUGUGUCCUGAGUUCCGAUUCGGGGAAAUAUACAACGCUUGAGGAGGAGGGGUAGUUACUGCAGAGGGAAUGGAGAGAUCAUCAAGUGAAUAAAAAAUGAGUCUGCGCAGAUGCUUGAGCGCAGCGUA